AUGCAGGUGACUGUGAAGGACUGUGUUGCUCUUUCCGUCUACACCUUCACCUUCCUGCUCGGCCUUCCCUCCAACCUGCUCGUCCUCUUUGUGUAUGUGCGCAAGGCCUGCAAGCGUGGCGCCACACCCAAUGUGGUCUACGCCCUCAACCUGUGCCUGGCCAACCUGGUGCUCGUGGUCUGGCUCCCUGUCAAGGCUCUGGAGACUUUGCUUCAGGACUGGAGAUUGCCGCCACCCAUCUGCCCCAUCUACAACUUCUUCCUCUUCUCCUCACUGUACGGCAGCUGCCUCUUCAUCACUGCUGUGACGGUGGGGCGUUACCUCAGCAUCGCAUUCCCAAUUAUCUACAAGAGGUACCGCCGUGCGAGAAUCUCCUGCUUCAUCAGUGCUGCCCUUUGGGCGUUGGUGAUGCUACACCUCAGCUUUGCCCUUGUGGCUGAGGGAGGAGCUUACUUUGUCUCCAUCCAGGAUCACACCUCAGCUUGCUAUGAGAACUUCAACGCCUCCCAGCUGGCGGUUCUGCUGCCUCUGCGCCUGGAGAUGGCCAUCGUCCUGUUUCUUCUGCCUCUGAUUGUGACGUCCUUCUGCACGCUGCGCUGCGUUACCCUGGUGUGGCGCUCGAAUUUGCCUCCUAUGGGGAAGAGAAGAGUCCUGACUGUUGCCCUCUUCACCCUCGCUGUGUUUGUGGUGUGCUAUGCGCCCUACAAUGCCUCGCACAUUGUGGGGUUUGUGUUGGAGGAAAGUGUUGACUGGAGGACGUACGCCAUGUUGACAAGCUCCUGUAAUGUUUUCCUGGAGCCUGUGGUCAUGCUGAUGCUGUCGCCAGCAGUGUCCAGGGGCAUUAUGGGAAGAAUCUGUGGACGGCAAAGUCACUUCAGCCGGAUCGAAGGGGUUCAGCAUCGACGAAACACCACCAAUGGUGUUGCCAAUUUUAGGGCACCACCUACACUAUCUGAAAAGAGCCAAGCGGGGGCUGAGGUGACUAAAGUCAGUCAGGAGUAA